GUCAUUCAUCUCAUUUAAUAAGCUUAUCAACUACUACACAUGUAAAUACUAUUAAAUAUAAUCAAAACAUAUCUCAACAUUCAAUGUCACAUGGAUAUAUUCCUAAAACUAUUAAAACACUAUGUUCAUGCACUAGUUGCGCUGCUCUCUGUUUUAAUCCAUCCAUACGUCUAUCAACUAUGACUGCACGUCAAAGUAAUAUGUUUAUUGGGAAAAAUAAUCGUCAUUAUGCAGAUUAUGUGAAAACAACACGAGCUGAACGUCUUGAAAUGAUUCGUUUUGAAGAUUCUUUACAAAAUUUACUGCUAUUUUCUAGAAAGUAA